UACAGCAUGUGUUGUGAAGAUGUCAUGUCAAGUCAUGCAUUUGGGAUUAGUGUUUACAACGGCGGUUAUCAAGAGCCGUCAAAUGGCAUUGCAUAAAGUGUUUGUGUACGGCACUCUUAAGAAAGGUGAACCGAAUCAUUUUUACUUUACAAAUAAAGCUAAUGGAUAUGCGAAAUUUAUCUCGGCUGCAGAAACAGUAAAACGCUAUCCGUUAAUCAUCGAUACGCAAUAUAACAUUCCGUUCCUCAUUCAUAAGGAAGGGGUAGGACACUGUUGCAAUAGUGAGCGGUCAGUUGCAGCUUACACUGCGCAGAAUGUUAUUGGUGAAGUUUAUGAAGUUGAUGAUACUAUGCUGAAGGCUUUGGAUGGUUUAGAAAGUCAUCCAGACUUGUACUCUAGGUUGGAAGACCAUGUACGGAUUCUUAAUGUAAAAGAAGUGAGCAGUGAAAUGCAACCAGUUCUCAAAUGCUGGAUUUACUUCAUUCUAAACCUGGAGAAAGAUAUUGGAAGUUCAUUUCUCAGUGAAUAUCAUUCUGAAGGACCUCAUGGGAAAUCAUAUGUGAGAAGGGAAAAGAACGUGGAUUAUACUGUACUAAAGCAUCAGUUGCAUUGCAAAGAAUGAUAUUUUGUGAUGAUCAUAAAAAUUGACAUGGGGUCAUACUGCAAUAGCCAUAAUAAAAUGUGUGCUUUAUGUACAGAUUAAAAACUGGAAGUAGUCUAUAUUUAUAAUUUCAUGUAAACUGUGUUCAGUACAGUCUGAGGGAGAAAUAAAAUGGCUGCACAUUUA